AUGGAGAGCAUCAACAAUAAAGAGUCCCAAGUCUCUCCUAAAGCCCCAGCAGUUGUCAGCCCCACAGUGUUCCUAGACCCAACAGCAGAUGAGGAGGAUGUGCCGGAGGACGUGCCUAUCAUGGAGAUAGUCAAAAUGCUUGUUAACGAGGUGAAGAAAUCUGGAUCUUACACGUCUCUCACCCACCUGUGUGCCAUCAAGCAGUAUAUUGAGCUCUAUCACAAAUACAAGGCCGCAACUCGAGUGAAGAACCCAUCAACAAGGGCAAGUAUCGCCGUUGCUCGAGCAGUCAGCAAGGGUCCUUAUUUCGCCCGCAAGAUACGGUCAUUAUACUGCUAUAUCAAACGUUUUCACACACUGCCGCCCAUAACUGCGGGAAAGCACCAUGCUCACCCUACACUACUCAACAAUGAGAGGAUGGCACAGGCUGUCCGUCAUUACCUCACUGUUCUCGCAGAUGGUGAGAUUACACCGUAUCUCCUAAUGAAGCAGGUCAACACAGUUAUCAUUCCAGCGCUAGGUUUGGACCUAGGCGGCAAGACGAUAUCCGAGUCAUCUGCACGAAGAUGGCUUGUGAAGCUUGAGUAUGAACUGAAGGAGACAAAGAAAGGACUCUAUGGUGACGGCCAUAAGCGAGAGGAUGUGUUAGCAUAUCGACAGAAGUAUUUGGACAGUUUGCAGGAGACGGAGAGGUUGCGUUGGACCUAUACAGAUCAAGAUCUAGAGCCAGUGGAGCCUACAUUAGCAAAGGGCGAAAGGCGUAUUGUCCCUAUCUUCCAUGAUGAAAUGAUUGUGUACACAAACGACCUAUGCCACCGGAUAUGGAUCAAGGAUGGCAAGAUGCCUUUAAGAAAGAAAGGACAAGGCCGCGCAAUUCACGUGUCAGAUUUUAUAGUUGAGCACACUGGUCAUCUUGCACUUGAUGAGACACAAAUCCACGAGAAUGCUGCAUUGCCCUUGAACCAAAGACUUGCUCACACGGAUGCUCGUGAGAUAAUGUAUCCGGGGAAGAAUCAUGAUGGCUGGCUAUAUCCUAGAGCAGUCCUUCAGUUCAACUUUGAUCAGUCAUCUGCACAUGGAGCAUUUGCCAAGGAUGCAUUGAAUGCGAAGGAGAUGAAUGUCAAUCCCAGGGGUAAGCAACGACACAUGCAUGACACAAUCAUACCUCUUGACAACCCGCAUCCCCAUUUCUGUGGUCAACGACAAUCUAUGGUCUUUCCAGCUGACCUUCCUCUGGAGCAUCCAGAUUACCAAUAUCAUGGACAGCCAAAAGGGAUGCUGCGCAUUUUGGAGGAGCGAGGCCUUGUCCCGAUGCUGAAGGCUGCGAAUGGUGAGAAGCUCGUCGGUGAAUGUCAGGUGUGCAAACUCUUACGGGAAGCACAAGAGCGGCUGCUUCAUGAAGCUCAGGCUGCUGCAGAUGGCACACAGGAGCCAGAUGAGAUGCAGGAAGACACGGUUGCAUACUCAUCAGCUUCAAUAGGUUGCUACUUUCUCGAUGAGAAGCCACUUCUACAGACUGUGAUUGGGGAGGCCGGCCAUCAAUGUCUUUUCUUACCAAAAUUCCACUGUUUCCGAGCAGCUGCCGAUGAAACAUUUCCAACUGCAAAGCGUCUGGUGCCCCAGAUUCUUGACGCAUGCUCUGUCAAGACAAUCAGAGCAUUCUUCCGCAAGGCAUGGCACUAUAUGGAUGCAUACCGAAAGGGGCUGAAUGCCAAGCAGGCAGAAUUUGCAGUCAAGAAAUAUAGAUCACACCGUCGCUGUGGGUCAUCACUCAUGAUGCAGGUCGGCCUAUUAGUGAACUAG